AUGCUGUCUGACCACCGUCGUGUUCAUUCACUGAAGCCAAGGACGACCGACGGCGGCGGUUGUUGGCGUCCCAAUGGCGCACGACACAACUCGUCAACAGACGAGAGACGCAGAGUCAUCGUUAUCUCCGUGACCGCUGGGGUAGCUGUUCUUGGGGUCAUCGCUAGCUAUCUGGGUCGAAGACGAACUACUCGACCACCCCAGAGAAGGUUAAGGAAGUUUAUGGGACGAAAAGCAAGGAGCAGUGCUCGCAGCCCGAAUGAUAUCAUAUCUCUCGAUGGGUCGAGAGUUUCCGGACGAUCCGUUAGUCCGGGUGGGUCGAUCCAUGGGCUGUCUGAUCGUAUGUCUUUGGCUUCCGGUUCCCUUGCUACGGCAUCCGGCGUUGGCCCACUUCUGGGUGGUACAACUCCGCUGACCCCUCAACAGCUGGGUGUCAUGGGAAUGGAAGCCCUAGAAACGGUCAUCAGCUACUGGGAAGAUGCUUUGACCGGUCGGAAUGGUGUCGAUAUCCCUAGUCGUAUAACAGCGGAUCAGGAAGAGUUCUGCCGAGAGCUGCAGAACCUUCUGGAUGCCGCUUACAAUCUGCAGGAGCAAGGCGAAUUACUGUUCCUGGACGAACGAUCUGUGCUUUAUCGGGAAGACGAAAACAAAGCUACUCAGGCCAGUAAAUUGUCCAACGGACAUCGGUCCAGCUCGGAUCCUAACUUUGACUCGGCAGAAAGCUUUGCCUCGGCACUGGAUCAGGUGGCCGACCUGCGGGAAUUCGAAGACUAUGGUGAGGUGUUUUCCGACGUGGAAAACUACCCUCUUUAUCAAAGUGCUUUGGAGCUCCUGGACGAUCAGCCGAUUCCUUGCCGGACCAUCCGAACCGAUAUGGUCGGGUGCAGCUCCGAUCAGGAGUACUACGCCAAGCUGCACUGUGUCCGGUUGGCGUUUCAGCUGUUAUUUAAGGACCCCAAGACGAGUCGCUGGGUAGCGGACACAGGCCGGCAGGUGCUCACCGAUCUGCUGCUUCUUGGCGACAAAGAUCCCAAAGACUUCCUGGUGGGGUACGAAUCGAUGCUCGAAUAUCUGGAGAAUCCGGACAACUGGCCCGACAUCGAGCUGGAGCUGGAAUCCCGCCAAGUCAAGGCGAUGACCUUCUACGAUGUGGUGCUAGAUUUCAUCAUACUGGAUGCAUUUAGGGACCUGGAUUCGCCACCGAACAGCGUCCUGGCAGUCAUCAACAAUCGAUUCCUUUCCAAUAGCUUCAAGGAAACCGCACUCACCACAGCCGUUUGGUCCGUGCUCAAGGCCAAAAAGCGAAUGCUCAAGUUCCCCAACGGGUUUAUGUCCCACUUUUAUUCGAUCACCGAACAGCUGUCGCCGCUGAUGGUUUGGGGCUUCUUCGGACCGGACGAGGACCUCAAAGAGGUCUGCAAAUACUUCAAAGAACAGAUGGUUAGCUUCCUGGUAGACAUCUACAACUUCCAAAAGUGCCGCUACACCACGGUAGAAGACCUGGCCGAGGACAUCAUGUCCAACAUGAAAAUGCGUGUUACCAACAUCGGUGUUAAGUUUAAUCAGUAGAGUAAGAGCACCAAGAAAAAACUGCCGGUUUUGUUUUAAAAUUUGUUGGUUGUUGGACGUUAUUCGUUUUUUUUUAAAUUUCUGAUUUCUUUUUUUUACCUUAAACGUUGUUAGGUUUGGUAAUACAUUAGCAUUCGGAUUAAGCAUUAGUAAGGCCAGUCUUCGUAUUGCACGCCUAGCGCUGUUUCCUGAGCCCGAUUCGGCUGAAAACGUAACUCAAGCUAGUGUUAGACCUUUUCAUCAUUGAGAAGUGAUAGAAAUUGUAGAUAUUCAGUAGGAUUAGAGUACCUUGAUAGCAU